UCUGGUUUAUCAACAUACCUUGUGUUGCUUUUGUUAGACCUUGUCAAUCAGUGUAGAGUAUCUGUCCUUUCAUUAUUUUUGCAUUCAUUCAACGAGAAGGGACACUUGGCGGCAGCACAAGAUGGCGUUUAACCAACAUCUUCAGGCUUUGGUUGUUGUUUUUGUCAUCAUCCUUCUGGCAUUCUACGUGAUGAUAUUUCAUAUCUGUCCAGGGAAGCAGACCAAUGAUGUUUACAAUUCACCAAAACUGAGGUUGAUCCCAACUGAUCCUCCAGCAUCAAAUGGACCAUGCAGUUGUCCUAAAGGCUCAUUGGUAUUCAAAGACCACAUCCCUCAGGAUCAGUAUGAGAAGCUGGUGCAACGCAGAGCCAAGGAGCUUGAACAGCACGAAGCCAGAACAACAUCAGUGUUAUCUAAAAAGCUGUAUGCUGCACCUAACUCUCCUCUGAAGUAUCCUAUCCAGGGUUUUACAGUGAAGCCUUUGACCCCUUCUGCAAUACCAGGUUUAGAGCUGCAUGCAGGAGAAAGAAGCAACUACAAGGUAACCAUAACUGUCCAUAAAGGGGUGCUCAACACUGAGGUUCCACCUGAAGGGGUUAUAACUGAAGGUGAAGAUGGGGAUCUGCUCUUUAUCGAGUCUUACAGCCUGGUGAUGAUCAACUACAUUCUGGCUCAAGUGACCUACACCAGCAAAGUGUAUCACAUACACACUGGAGACCUUGCCAUUUUCAAGUUUGAAAACCAUGAAGCGGUGUUUCCCAUUACCAUCAAACAGCCUCAAAUGCCAGUCCUGUACGACAUGGGAACAGAUAUCAGCUCUCAUGUCACCAUCACCACAAAGACAUUCCUUCGCUAUAGCAAUCUCGAUGUGUUGAUUAAGAGCAUCCGGAGUUUCUAUAGCAAGAUACCAAUCAUCAUUGCGGAUGACAGCUUUGACCCAGAGAAAAUUACCGGAGAAAACAUCCAACACUACAUCAUGCCUCCAGCGCAGGGCUGGUUCGCUGGCCGGAAUCUGGCCAUCUCCCAGGUAACAACCAAGUACCUCCUGUGGGUGGAUGAUGAUUUUGUGUUUACAGAGAAGACAAAGAUAGAGGAGCUGGUGAACAUCAUGGAAGGAGUUCCAGAACUGGAUGUGCUUGGUGGGUCAGUUGAAGGGAAACAGUUUUACUUCACUCUUGUGUAUGACGAAGGACAAGAAAUGGAUGGAGGCUGCCUUUUGAGAAAGUCAAACAGGAGGUUCCUGCAACUUCCUGGUUACCCACAUUGCUCUCUGACCAGCGGGGUGGUCAACUUCUUUCUGGCUCGUACGGAUGCUGUACAGAGGGUGGGAUUUGACCCUAAGCUUCAGAGAGUAGCUCAUUCAGAGUUCUUUAUGGACGGGCUGGGCUCCCUGAUGGUAGCCAGCUGUAACCACGUGGCCAUUGGCCAUCAGCCCCGUAGCAGCAACAAGGACAAUGCUCGUUACCAACACUAUAGAAAACCAGGAAAGGAAGAUGAGAGGUUCAAAGAGAAGCUUCACUUCUUCAAAAACCACCUGAAGUGUGUCCUCUUUGGAUAGUGGACUACUAGUGGGCAUGGACGUCAGCGGUUCAACUAAAGCGACUGUAAAUGGUGUCAUUAUUUUCAGGACCUUUUGAAAUUACAUUGUUUUAAUUUUCCCCCAUUUAUUUGUUGAUUGUUGUAAUUAGUCUAUUUUUUAUAUUAUUGACAGCUCUCAGGAUUACGUGAUGUACCAAGAAAGACAUACAUUUAAAUACUUCACAAUAAUGUCACACAAUCUUGGCUACAUGACCACUAAGUCAAUAUUAGGAAUGCCUUGGUCCAUAGGCAACAUUAAAUAAUGUCAUUCAAGAGCAUCCUGUGGCUCCCUUUCUAGUUCCUCACACACACACCAAAGUUUCCUGUGAGAUUAUAUUGUUACUAGCCAAAAACAUGUUUAUCUACACCCAACAUAUAUCUGGUUCCAGGUCUGAGUGACUUUUGAACUCAUGGGAAGUUCUAAUAUUUCUAAUUAUCAUAACCUCAUAACAGUUACACAAUGAUAACAGUUUCACUAUGCCUGAAUGUUCCAGCUCAUGGCCUUAUACUGGUCUGAUACCAAACUUCCCAAUUAGAUAUGACACCUAAAAUGUAUUUACGUUUCACCCCCAGUCGAGCCCUGCAGAAUGCUUUUGAAAUUAUGUUGAGCAGCGCAAGCUGUCAGCUGAUUUCUUCCUAUCACAAAUGUGUGUUUUCUUUAUCGAUUUAUUUUAAAAAUCUACGUAGCUUUCAGUACUUAGCUAACCUGUGUGUGUACACAUAACUCUCUAGAGAAAAUAUUGUUGGUGAUUUAAACAGAAAAACAGAAAUAUGUAAAUUCACCAGAGGAAACUGAAUUAAACUUUAGCGUUUGAAAUAGGUUGAGGUUUUUUUAUGCGAUUGAUGACGGGACUUACCAUUAAGAUGAUUUUUUACUCCUGAUUAUUUUAUUGAAUGGAUGGCCUGUGUGUGGCAGCUGGCCAUUUUAGAACGAAGAACAUUCAUUCACAUGAGAUCAAAAGCGU